ACCUGCCAUCAGUUAUCAGAAUGUUUCACUCCACUUGCAAUACAUGGUAGCUCAAAACCGGACGUAACCAUGCUCCGCACUUUCCUUCACCACAGACACCCUCGUUAAUCUAAUAGCGUGAUCUGCAUGCAAGGGAAAGAUGAUCCUUGAAGCAUACAAUAACAGAUAUUGGAUGACACAAAAACAAAGUGUCACAUAUAGCUUCAGAGUCUGCACCUAACUGACACAAUUCUAUUAAAAAAUAUAUAAAAGAAAAUCUCUCAAGUUUCCUUCCUUUCACUUAUUGAAUCCUUUGCUUCCAUUCUUGAACAACACAAACACAUCCUAUCUUCACAAUUCUAGAGUGCCACGUCUUGGCAUCUUCAUCAUUGCCCAUUGUUGAUGCCCUUAAGAAACCCGUGACUUAUUUAUUUUUCUAUUGUUUUCUUCUCUCAUUUCCCAGUAUAAAAGCAUCCCUUGCUCCCUCUAUUCACCCCAUCUUCAUUAAUUCAAUUAAUUCCAUUCCUAAUACAAACAUGGAAAUGAAAAGGCUCUUGUGGGUUGUUCUAUGCUUUGCUUUGGUUCUUGGAGUGGCCAAAAGCUUUGAUUUCCACGACAAAGAUUUGGCAUCCGAGGAAAGCUUGUGGGACUUGUACGAGAGAUGGAGGAGUCACCACACUGUUUCUAGAAGCCUCAGUGACAAACACAAGCGGUUUAAUGUGUUCAAAACAAACGUUAUGCAUGUCCAUAACACUAACAAAAUGGAUAAGCCUUACAAGCUGAAACUAAACAAGUUCGCUGACAUGACCAACCAUGAAUUUAGGAGUACCUAUGCUGGCUCAAAGGUUAAUCACCACAGGAUGUUCAGAGGCACCCCACGUGGGAAUGGAAUCUUCAUGUAUGAGAAGGUCGGUACUGUUCCUCCUUCUGUGGAUUGGAGGAAGAAAGGUGCUGUCACUGCUGUAAAGGAUCAGGGUCAAUGUGGUAGUUGCUGGGCGUUUUCAACUGUUGUAGCUGUUGAAGGCAUUAACCAAAUCAAGACCAAUAAGCUAGUCUCUUUGUCUGAACAAGAAUUGGUGGAUUGUGACAAAAAUGAAAAUGCAGGAUGCAAUGGUGGGCUAAUGGAAUAUGCUUUUGAGUUCAUCAAGCAAAAGGGUGGCAUAACGACAGAAAGCAGUUACCCUUACAUAGCACAAGAAGGAACAUGCGAUGCAUCAAAGGAGAAUGACUUAGCAGUGUCAAUUGAUGGCCAUGAGAAUGUCCCUGCUAAUGAUGAAGAUGCAUUGCUCAAAGCUGUUGCAAACCAACCUGUGUCUGUAGCCAUAGAUGCUGGGGGAUCUGAUUUUCAGUUCUACUCAGAGGGAGUAUUUACUGGCGAUUGUGGCAAGGAGCUAAACCAUGGUGUAGCUGUGGUGGGAUAUGGAACAACAAUUGAUGGAACUAAUUACUGGAUAGUGAAGAACUCCUGGGGACCAGAAUGGGGAGAACAGGGUUACAUCAGAAUGAAAAGGAACAUAUCUGACAAGGAGGGACUUUGUGGCAUAGCUAUGGAGGCUUCCUACCCAAUAAAAAACUCCUCCGAUAAUCCAACAGGACCUUCCUCAUCUCCUAAAGAUGAACUUUGAAUGCUUCCUACAAAAUUAAGCUCUCAUCAGUCCUGGUUGUUGUUUUCUUGAGUGCUAGGAAUUGCCUAUAUAACAUUUGUAUCUCAGAUUCGAUGUCAAUGUAUUCAUCUACAAAUUUAUACUUACAUUACAAUAAAAUAGACCUAUCAAAUUGAUUUUACUGCUUGCAAUUUCUCAUGUAGUCUCCCUUCUAUG